AGAAAGUGGCGAGUGAGAGAGAAAAUAAUGUACUCGUUAUUUUUGCCAAUAUCUGGAUUUCUUAAUAAAAAUCGAAAAGCUAUCUCAGACACAAAAGUUUUCAGACUCCACACAAUAAUCACUCCUGCAUUGUUCAUGUCAUUUUCUGUGUUGUACGGCGUUAAAGAAUUUGUGGGGGAGCCAAUUUAUUGUUUGGGAUCAGGCUUAAGCGGCGACAAGCAAUUAUUCGUCAACAGCUUUUGUUGGAUCUCUGCCACCUACUCCGUUGAAGAAUAUUUCAGUCCAGCAUAUGCAAAAUACUUACUUUAUCCAGGAGUUGGCCAAUUGCUUAAUUGGAACACCGUGAUUUUCCACAAAUUUUAUAUGUGGAUUCCAUUCUACUUCCUGUUCCUUGCUUUACUGUUUUAUACACCCAAAUAUGUUUGGAAGUAUUUCGAGGCUGGGCAUAUGAAAAUGUUGAUGGAGAAGCUCGACACCCCAGUAAUUCAUGAAAAAAUUGCUAGUAACGCCAGGAUCGAUCUUUUAGGAGAAUACAUUCACAACACUCUUGGAUUCAAUAGUUGUUAUGCCUUGACGUUUUUUGGUUGUGAAAUCUUGAACUUCUUCGUCGUAAUAUUUGGCUUUUAUACGUCAAACUUACUAAUCAACCAUAAAUUUUCCACGUAUGGGCCUGAUGUAGUUCAAUAUUGGCGUGGUUCUAAUAAUGGUCAGAAAUUGGCUAACCCAAUGACAACUGUAUUCCCAAAGUUGACAAAAUGUUCAGUUAAUUUUAUCUCAUACGGAGGGAACAUUCAACCAGUUGACGUCAUAUGCAUCAUGUCUGUGAAUAACUUCAACGACAAGAUAUUUCUAUUCAUGUGGUUCUACUUUGUGAUUCUUGGAUGCAUUUCCGGACUAGCAAUUUUACUGAGACUAUUAAUUAUAUUUUCACCAAGAUUGCGAACCUUGAUGUUAAAAAAAUCAUUUAUUAGUAUGAUAAAAAUUACACAAUACAGCGUUGUAGAUAAACUAUCAACAACGCUGCAGGUUGGAGAUUGGUUUGUGAUUCACCAGCUUGGUAAAAACAUUGACAAACUGGCAUUUAUCGAUUUCUUGGAAGUACUCGUGAGAAAGUUGGAGCCGGACAAAGAUACUCCCGACAUGACCGUGUAGUGAAUGAAAAUACGAAAUAAAGUGCUCACUUCUAUAAUACCUA